UCGAGGGGAAAACGCGCACGCGUUAGGCUGUAAAAGAUUAUGACCAUUGCCAUUUUUUUCCUUUAUAAAUUAAAAAUAUGAAACGUCACGCCGCCCCGCCAAUUGAUGAUUUCAAAAAUGGAAUCUGAAGCGUUCCGCGUGAAAAUAAGAUGGCGUGCACACUGAGGCUGUAUUUUCAGGAUCUGUGAGACGUAUUGACUUUUCGUGUUUUGUUUAGUGAUAAUUUGUGAUAGCGAGUGAUGCCAAGUGGAUAUGGGUGUGAUAAUGACAACUGUUUACGAGAUUGGAUUGCACUUUGUAUCGGAUUUUGUGGAAGGAACCGAACGAAAUCUCCGCUUCCAACAAAAUGGUGUAGUAACAUGGAAAAUUCGUGCAUAAAACCAAAUGGAAAAAAGUAAAUUGGAAAAACUCGAUAUUUCCCACGUACAUUUCCAAUUCCCAUCAUGGCUCAGUAUGUCUCAAAAUAAAGUGAAAUCUGUUAAUCGCUUACAAUUCAUUGAAGUGAAAAGCAAGUGAAAAUAAAGUGAAAGGGUUUAUUAGGUGAUAAUUAUAAAAGUGAAAGGUUGUAAAAGUGAAAUGUGAAAAGCGGAGUGUACAUUUGGUGAUAUGUAUGGAUAAAGGAUGCUGUGAUGGGGUGUGGCCAGAGCAAAAUAAAUCUCUACCCGAGGAAGAAUAAAAAUGGCGGGAAAGGAAACGGUGCCAAAAAGUCAGGCGCGGCAGAUAAAGAAGCGGACGAGGAGGAGGGCAGUGCCGCGGCAGGGCCUGCCGACGACACAGAGGAUGACACCGAACACGGCAAGCACAUCCUGCCGCUCGCCGCUCACCCGCCUAUCAUUGAGGUGUCGGCCAGCAUGCAAGACUUCUUUAAAAUGUUGGAUGAGAAGAUUGAAAAGGGUAAAGACUACGAUUCUUCAAGUGAGACUGAAAUACGAUUAGAAAGAGAACGAAGGAAGAAAUUAAUAGAGCAAUGGAGAUCUGCGUCGCAAUCUACGCAAUCCUCCCUAUCUCAGCCGAGUCCCCCCACCCCGGCAAGGAGGCGCAUGCCAAGGGCUGUCCCCCAACCGCCAGAGCGUCAUAGCAGUCCAGGAACAGUCAGGAGGUGCUUGAAACAACAACUUGUCCCAGAAGGUAUAUCUCCCCCGCCUAGGAGAUCACACAGUGCGCAAUCUCACCAUCCGCCAGACUUAAGACAAGUCAAUGGAGACAAUUGGCACGACCCCACAAAGUCUCCAGUCAAAAGGCCACAAAGCGCCGGAUCCAAUUGGAAAAGCAACCCGAAGGUUGCACCUUACAAUCAAAAACCAAAGAAAAACGAAGUCAAUGAAAACCAAAGAACAAUCCAAAAAGAUUCUGAUAUGUGUCAACCAGUCAAUGCUAGUCAAGAUGUAUCUCAAAUAACAUAUAACCCUACAUUCCAAACGCACAGUCCCGCUCACACAGCGAAGCAGCCUUACAUAGCGCAAAUCAUAAGCUAUCCAAUGUCUCAGGUCCAACAAGUGACUCCUCCUUCACCGCCGAAGUACAUCGCGCCACCGGAAGAGUAUCAGGAUCCUCAAAACAAUAUUGUAGAUAAUAAGUACAGUGGUACUCAAAGACAAACACAAAGUCAGCCACCACAAGCCAAUCCACAAUCUCACAUUUACUACAUUCAUGGAAGUGCAACAGCAAACGUUUCAAAUCAACAAGACUUAGUUCAGCAAAGACAACAAACUGCUCUUCAUCUGCAGCAAUACGUAGCAAUGAAGCAAGCGCAGCAGCAAAUGUUUACAUAUCUACAAAGAGGUCCGCAUACAGUUUUUCCAAACGUUGAUUUCGCUCAGGUGCCGAAUCCGAGGAUAUACGAAGGAGAAGAGUUCACUCCCCAAUACGGUCAUCCGGCAUUGAGACCGCACAGUGCGCCCACUCCCGUGGGAGUCGUUAGACCGAUGCCAAUAACUCCUAGUUUUAGUCCAUUACCAGAUGGAACACAUAUGGUUCAAAUGCCUAUGUGGCCGCAUAUGCCUCCAGUUGUAUCAACAAUGGGGCCGUGGUUGCCCGGCCAAGGCCACGAAAUGCAAUACUACCCGCAAUCUCAAUUCAUGCCAAUGUACAGAGCGAAUUCAGCCGGUUCCGCGGGAACUCUAACGAGAUACCACAAGAAGGAAACGAGUGAUGCUGAUGUAAAGAACGUGUGCCAAAGUAUAAAUUUAGUAAGGCAGAAGCAAGUCGGUCAAAUCGUGUCCAUACCUGGCCAGGAACUGACCGUGUGCAACAAUACGAGCGACAGUCCGAGCCCUGCGUCCGUGAGCACUGACAGCGGGGUUUCCCCGGGCAACAGCGCACCCAGUUCCAAGGCCUCAGUCUUCAGCCAACCCCCCGCGGCGUCAGACUCCUUCAACACUGUAGAUAACAAAAAUAAGAAGGUGAAACCUGUAACAUUCGCGCGAUCUCUGAAAAACUCUAAAAGUCUAGACUCUUAGCAACUUUGUAAUUAUGUAGAUUUUCUAAGUGUACGUAGGUUCUAGUCGGAUUAUGUAAAUUAUAGGGAAAUUAGUUUCAUCAGCUUUUCAUUGUAUAGUUCGAGCAUUUUUUAUUGGUCGAUGUUAAAAAGUUUGUCGAUGUCGUCUAUUCUGAAUUCAAUAUCAACUAUCAUCGUUUCUCGAACUCUUUCUGUGAUGUUCAUUUCUAUUGUAAUUAUUUCCAUGUAAAAUGAAUUUAGGAGAUUAUAAGGAGCUGUUUAGCACUGUGCCUUGCAGUCAUGCGUAUGAAGCUCAUUCGUCUUUUGCUUUUACUAAAUUAUUACGAACGAUACUAUGUAUUUGCGAUGACUGCGUUAAUUUAGUUAAGAAACGGGUACCUAUAUUAUUUGUAUUAUUUAUUUAUUAACAAAAUUAAAUAAAACUUACUCUAAAUGUAUGUUUAGAUAAAGACAUGUAAAUGGUACCUCCACGUGCCGAACGAUGCAUUUUAAACUAUCCAUUAAUUAUAAAGAUUAAGGAAA